CUUCAUUUACUUACUUGGCAUACGUUAUAUUUGUAUUUUAGCGUUAAAUUUGUAAAUAAUGAAACUAUUUCGAUAUCGAUUGGUGCUAAUUGAAGUGACUGUAUCAGCAUCAAUUAUUUUUGUAAUAUUUUCUAUACAUUUUACAUGGAAUUAUGAUCAGGAAACAAUGGACCUCUCAAUAGAAACAUCGAUUUAUCACGACAUGAAGAAUUCACGAUUGGCAUUGAAAAACAAUGAACAAUCAGUCAAAUGCAUGAACUGUAGUCAUGUUGUCUCAAAUCAAUCAAUAUUAAUAGAAACUUGUCCAAAUUACCCUCCAGAUCUACAAGGGAAUCUUGAAAUGCCUGAUUACGUCCGAGAAUUGCCUCCAUCAUUGAAAGAAUUGGAGACAAAAUACCAAAUGAAGAGAAAUAUGGCGAACAACUGCAAAGCUCGACACAAAGUGGCAAUUAUUAUACCUCUGCGUGGAAGAGUUCUACAGCUCAGAAGUCUUCUAGCUCAUAUGCAUCCAAUAUUGCAAAGGCAACAAUUGGAUUAUACAAUAUAUACAAUCACCCAGGCGGGUAAUCAACUAUUUAAUAGAGCUAAGCUGAUGAAUAUUGGAUUUUCAGAAGCAGUUAAUGAGAGAAAAUAUGAUUGUUUUGUAUUUCAUGAUGUUGACCUCUUACUUGAGAAUGAUAAAUGUUUAUACUGGUGUCCAAAUGAUGAAGAUGGACCGAGACAUUUAUCAACAUAUCUUGACAAACGUGAUUACGAGAUCCAUUCUUACAAUCUUGAAUUCUGUGUAUCAAAUGCGCAUAAAAACAUGUCAGUGAAAGUAUUUGGAGGCAUCUCAAUGUUCACCGAAAAACAAUUUACAUCUGUGAAUGGAUUUUCAAAUUUGUAUUGGGGUUGGGGUUCUGAAGAUGAUGAUUUAUUGUUGAGAACUUGGAAAAAGGGUUACAGAGUCUAUGAUGACUCCAGCAGAUCUUGUUCAUUUCAAAUGAUGCAACAUGACAGAGAGAGAAGAAAUGAAAAAAAUAUACUCCGUCGGUUACUGAUAAAACAUGCAUUGGAUAGGCAGAAUAAUGAAGGAUUGAACAGCUUAAGGUAUUCUGUACUUUCAAACAACAAGACUUCAAUCUACACCAAUAUAACUGUUGAUAUUGGACGACCAUCUGCCAGGUUGAGACAAUUGAGCUUAAAGUUUUCUUAUGAUAAGCGGAGCGUCAGACAUCUUUCCUGUUUUGAAUCUCUACUAUGGAUGUCUAAGAAUUUAAUAAAGGAAACGAGUUGGUGAUUUCAAGUGAUAGCACGAUCGUGCUAAGUGGUAACUACCAGUCCGCAGAAAA